CGAACGGAACGGUUUAUAUCUCACAAGCGCUCUCAACUGUUUGAGUUGUUUCUCUCUAGCUCCAUCAUCAGUGUGUGUGUGUGUGUGUGUCCGGCUGCCUAUAUCUAUUUACAAUCUCUCGUAGAGUAUAUACAUAUACACAGCAGCCCUUCCAGCAUCCAACCAAAUAGAAUUCAUCGCAUCAAUUUUCAAUUUGAUUUCCUUCCGAAUAUUUUCCGUUGUGCGCGUCCCUGUGAAAAUAAUAAAUGGUGCGCUAGUAAAUUUCAAAUCUCCAAAUCCCAUCCAACGCUGGAAGAAAAGAAGAAAAAGACAAAGUGCAAUUUCUUCCGCCAAGUUAAUGAAGGUUGUUCCAUCUUCUCUCUCUAUCCCUGUACACCUUUUUUCGCCCCUUGACGGGCCAAAAAAAAGAAAAAACUUUUGUGGAAGAAUAAAGGGAGGAGUCUGGGGAUGAGAGGAGUCAUCAAUGAGAACGUCUACAAUUAAGUGGCCGCGCUGAAAUAGUUGCCCAUCUCUCUCGCCAAAGAGAAGAAGAAGAAACUCAAAUACAAAAGAAGUUGGGACACGCAAAUUCUUGAAGGUGCCGACCUGGAUGGGAGAGGAGCGAUCGCCCGCUGCGACAAUGGCUACUCACCACCUGAACAUUUUACCAAAAUCGCUCAAAGGAAACCGUAGUGCUGAAUAUUAAAUUGAGUGUGCCGCAGCAUCCCUCUCUGUGCUGAAAUUCCAUCUCUUCUAAAAGAAGAAGAAGAAGAAGUAAAUCGACCUCGACAUCGCCACCUUUUUUCCUCUUCUUUCCCCCCAUUCGAAACCUUUUUAGGAAAGAAAAUUCUUUUAUUUUUCCGGGUUAAAUUCGAAUCCCACAAGAGAAAAAAAUAGCUCCGCUGGGACGUCCGUCUCUCACCUCUUCAGUGUCCAAAGGGUUCAAAAAGAAGAAAAAUCUUUUUCCCUUUUUAAAAAUCGGCAACAUUUCUCAGCUCAGAUUCUCCUGUUUUAGUUUCGACUCAAAUAAUCAACGAGCGACUGUAUACAAUCAAAGGUCGACAAGGUGAAACGGAAAGAAUGCCGAGUUCAACGUUGCAGCUGAUCCAGGCCAGCGAGCCGAAAUACAUGGGACAGAUAUUGGCAACUCUGGCCGUGUCGUUGGGUCCGUUCGCGGCCGGAUUGGGCAAAGGUUACAGCAGCCCAGCACUGGCGUCUCUGCAGAGUCUCAACGCUUUGCACCAACAUCACCAGCACCAGACCAGGGGUCACUGGGGUGGCGCUGGGAACAGUUCGGCGCCGAUCCGGGCCAUGGCCGGCGGGGCAUUUAGCGUCUCCAAUCAGGAAGGCUCUUGGAUCGCCAGCCUGUCGUUGCUGGGCGCCCUGUUCGGCGGUCCGCUGGGCGGUGUGGCCAUGCGCUACGGUCGCAAGCGGACCCUGUUGGCCGUCUCCAUCCCGUUCAGCUUCUUCUGGCUGUUGACCGUCUUCGCCAACAGCGUGGCCAUGAUGUACGUGACGGCCUUCGGCUGCGGCUUCUGCUCGGCCAUCGUCCUCCUCGUCUCGCACGUCUACAUCAGCGAAAUCGCCUCGCCGGAAAUCCGCGGAGGACUCUGCGCUCUGGCCAAAAUGGCCAGUCACGUCGGACUGCUGGUCAGCUUCAGCCUGGGCGCUUAUCUCGACUGGCGGCGGCUGGCCAUGGUCGUGACGGCCGCACCACUGACUCUACUCAUCGCCGCUUUCUACGUGCCGGAAACGCCCAGCUGCUUAUCGCUGAGAGGCCGGGAAGACGAAGCGGCCGAGUCGCUCCAGUGGCUCAGGGGCGAGGAGACGGACGUCCGUCAGGAGUGGAACACCAUCCAGGCCAAUGUCAAGCGACAGAAAGCGCCUUGUGGCUCCUUAUCGGCCAUGUCCUCGACCAGUUCCGGGGCGGCGGCGGCCGCCGCCGCAAUGGCCGCCGUCACUUCUGAUGGAAUUCCGUCGCUGAUCAAGUCCGGCACGCCGUUGUGGAGGCAGAAGCGGCUCCUGCGUCCUGUGCUGACCACCUGCGGUGUGAUGCUCUUCCAUCGCAUGUCCGGCGCCCACGCCUUCAACUUCUACGCCGUGCCCAUCUUCCGGGCUUCCUUCGCCGGAAUGGACCCUCACGGAGCGGCCGUCAUCGUGGCCUUCGUCCAGCUCCUGGCCUCCAUCACGUCCGGUCUCCUGGUGGACACGAUCGGCCGUCUGCCGCUCCUCAUCGCCAGCAACCUGUUCAUGACGCUGGCCCUGGCCGCCUUCGGCACAUUCAUCUACAUGGAGGGCGGCUCGCUGGUCCACUCGAUCGCCUCGGCCGGCCUCCAUCCGUCGGCCGCCGCCGACUCCCAACUCGACUGGAUCCCGUUGGUCUGCGUCCUCAUCUUUACGGUGGCCUUUUCCAUCGGCGUCGGACCCAUCGCCUGGCUCCUCAUCAGCGAAUUGUAUCCGCUGGAAUAUCGCGGCGUCGGCGGGGCCAUCACCAGCUGCUUCUCUUACGCCUGCGCCUUCGUCAGCGUCAAGACGUUCGUCGACUUGGAGUCGGCCUUCGGACUGCACGGCGCCUUCUGGAUCUACGCCCUGGUGUCCCUCCUGGGCCUUGUUUUUGUCCUGGUUUUCGUGCCGGAAACGCGCGGGCGUGGAUUGGACGAGAUGACCGACUCGGCCGCCGACGCCAAUCUCGUCAUCAAUAAGAAUCACGCGUGAUUGCGUCAAUCAUGACCGAAAAAAUAAUCCAAAAAUUAAAUUAAAACUUUUCAUAUUUAGGAGGAAAAUUUGAAUUUGGCGCCCUAUUGUUUCAAUGGCUUAUCUUAACGUGUACAAUUUCUUUCUAUUUGAAUCUAAAAUUUUAUUAAGGAUAAACUUUUGAACUCCAUCAUUCUUUUGAAUCAACGAUAAAUUAAGACUUUGACAUGUAUUUUGGUGUACACACACUAUACAUAAUUUACGAAUAAGACGCUCUUUUGAUUGUUCAUAAUAAUGUGAAACGCGAUUCGACUUAAUUAUUAGAAUGAUUUGACCCCGUGUAAUAAUGUGCGAAUUUAUUGUGUGAAAUAUGAUUCACUCUGGUGAUUUUUUCGGUUUGAAAGAUACGAAAUUUUGUAUUAAAAACCUAUUAUACUCUCUCAUCCAUUUCCUGUUUUGCAAAUAAUAUUUAUAAAUUAUAAAUAUUCUCCCGCGUGUAUCAUAUGAUGUAAUUUGUAUAAAAAAAACUAAAUUGUUUUCGGUUGAAUAAUGGAAUUUGGAGCGGACCUGUGUAAUUGUGUACAGUCGACGAAUAAACAAAAAUAAAAAA